CGGCGCUGCGCCCGGGAGCUGCCGCCAUGGCGGUCACCGCGGAGGGCCCCCGCCGGAGGGAGCGCGUCCUCUGCCUGUUUGACGUGGAUGGGACCCUCACGCCGGCCCGCCAGCACUGGGUACAGUCAGAAGCGCAGGAGGGUGAGAGAAUUCGCCAGAGCGGGGAGCAGAGCAGGCAGAAGGACGGAAGUACACUGCUGAGGGGAGCAGCCGUGGCAGGAGAGAAAAUUGACCCUGAGGUGGCUGCCUUCCUGCAGAGGCUGCGAAGCAGGGUACAGAUCGGUGUGGUGGGCGGCUCCGACUACUCUAAGAUUGCUGAGCAGCUGGGCGAGGGGGAUGAAGUCGUGGAGAAGUUUGAUUAUGUGUUUGCCGAGAACGGGACGGUGCAGUAUAAGCACGGACGACUGCUCUCCAAGCAGACCAUCCAGAGCCACCUCGGCGAGGAGCUGCUGCAGGACUUGAUCAACUUCUGCCUCCACUACAUGGCCCUGCUCAGACUGCCCAAGAAGCGCGGGACCUUCAUCGAGUUCCGGAACGGCAUGCUGAACAUCUCGCCCAUCGGCCGCAGCUGCACCCUGGAGGAGCGAAUCGAGUUCUCCGAGCUGGACAAGAAGGAGAAGAUCCGGGAGAAGUUCGUGGAAGCUCUGAAAACUGAGUUUGCCGGGAAAGGGCUGAGGUUCUCCCGAGGAGGCAUGAUCAGCUUCGACGUCUUCCCUGAGGGUUGGGACAAGCGCUGCUGCCUGGACAGCCUGGACCAGGACAGCUUCGACACUAUCCACUUCUUCGGGAACGAGACCAGCCCUGGCGGGAACGACUUCGAGAUCUACGCCGACCCCCGGACCGUGGGGCACAGCGUGGUCUCGCCGCAGGACACCGUGCAGCGAUGCCGCGAGAUCUUCUUCCCGGAGACGGCCCACGAGGCGUGACAGGCCUCGCCCCGGGACUCCCAGAGCGCCGUGGCCCUGGCGCCGCGCGUGCCGGGCCUUCCUGCG